AUUUCAGUAGCGUGGAUGGAGAAUAACGCGUGGCUGGAGGAACAAUUGAAAAAUGGAUAAGAUAAUACAACAAAAGGAUGAUCAAAUUAUGAAGCUGCAGGCCCAAUUAUUGGAACAACACAAAAUAUUAGAUAACAGCAAAGCUAAGGAUGCACAAAUUUUGAGUCUACAAGCUCAGCUAGGGGAAAAGAACAAAUUGGAAUGGAACAGUUUCCAAACAGUGAAGGAGGUUUUUCAAAACUCAUCCCUAACUGAACAUGAGGAUGAAUUGGCAUUAGGCGAACACAGUCAGUUAUUCAGUCUACCACCUGACAGUGUGUUAAAUUUAAAUUCUGUUAGUGCUGCACCAAAAGAAUCAUUAGUAAUAAGUCCAUGCAGUGAAGGAAGUGAACAAUUGUGGGACCGUAUUUGGGCCGAAAAUGGGUGUGGUACGGAAACCAAGAUAUGGCACAAGUUCAACAUGAAACAUGGAUUAGAAUUUAAUGGGGGAUCAAAUCAAGUCUGGAAGUGUUACAGGAUGGAAGAGUCAGCCUACAGAUGAAAAAACACAGAGUGCAUUACCACUAAGUACAACAGCAAUCCUUUAUAGUUCUGUCACAGCUAGAAACCUCAAAUAAUUCUGCUUCUCUGUCUAAAGAACAACUUGUCCUUUACGUUCAGAGUGUUGGGGAAACUGGGUACUUAAAUGGCCCUAAAGAUGUUUCAUUUCGU